CCCCCGGGGGCGCCCAAGAUGGCGGCCUCCGCGCGCGGCUCUCGCGAGACUUGCGGCGGGGCGGGUCUGCCCCGUGCAAAUGGCGGGGCGGAGGCCGGGCCGCGGGCCGUAGGGGCGCGGCGUGGCGAGGCGGUCACCGCCGCCGCCGCCGCCAUGGAGCACAUCACCACGCCGAAGGUUGAAAAUGUGAAAUUACUAGAUCGCUAUACAAAUAGGAAGGCAACAAAUGGGACGUUAUACCUGACAGCUACUCAUCUUAUCUAUGUAGAUGCUUCUGCCGAAGUCAGAAAAGAAACAUGGAUUCUGCAUCACCAUAUUGCAACUGUAGAAAAACUGCCUCUGACCACAGCUGGAUGUCCACUCCUUAUUCACUGCAAGAACUUCCACGUGGCACACUUCGUUAUUGGGCAGGAACGUGACUGCCACGAAGUGUAUACCUCAUUGCUCAAACUUUCACAACCAGUGAAGCCUGAAGAUCUUUAUGCUUUCUCUUAUAAUCCUAAAAUGUCUAAAGAUAACCGGGAGAUUGGAUGGAAACUGAUUGAUUUAAAAGUAGAUUACCAGCGUAUGGGAAUUCCAAAUGACUAUUGGGAAAUAACGGAUGCUAAUAAAGACUAUGAGGUUUGCAACACAUACCCUCCAGAAAUAGUGGUGCCUAGAGCCGCUAAUAAAGCGACAGUGAUUGGAAGUUCCAGAUUCAGAAGCAGAGGGCGGAUUCCGGUGCUUUCCUACUUAUAUAAAGAAAACAAUGCUGCCAUAUGUCGCUGUAGCCAGCCUCUUUCUGGAUUCAGCGCACGCUGUCUGGAGGACGAACAAAUGUUGCAGGCGAUCAGAGAAGCCAACCCGGGGAGUCCGUUCAUGUAUGUUGUAGACACAAGGCCAAAGUUAAAUGCCAUGGCCAACCGAGCUGCUGGGAAGGGCUAUGAGAAUGAAGAUAAUUACGAUAACAUUCGCUUUAAAUUUAUCGGCAUAGAAAACAUCCAUGUGAUGCGGAACAGCUUGCAGAAACUCCUGGAAGUGUGUGAAACAAAGUCUCCCUCAAUGAGCGACUUCCUCACUGGGCUGGAAAACUCAGGUUGGUUACGGCACAUUAAAGCUGUGAUGGAUGCAGGUGUCUUUCUCGCCAAGGCUGUGAAAGAUGAAAAGGCAAGUGUGUUAGUCCACUGCUCCGAUGGGUGGGAUCGCACAGCUCAGGUCUGCUCCCUGGCUAGCCUCCUUUUAGACCCAUUUUAUAGGACUUUUAAAGGCUUCAUGGUCCUAAUAGAAAAGGAGUGGAUUGCGAUGGGUCACAAGUUUUCACACAGGUGUGGCCAUUUGGAUGGUGACCCAAAGGAGGUAUCGCCUGUCUUCACUCAAUUCAUCGAAUGCGUCUGGCAGCUCAUGCAGCAGUUUCCAUGUACAUUUGAGUUUAAUGAGCGUUUCCUUCUUGAAAUCCAUGACCAUGUCUACUCCUGCCAGUUUGGCAACUUCCUUGGGACCUGUCAUAAGGAGCGUGAGGAUCUGAAAAUCUUUGAGAAGACCCAUUCGCUCUGGCCUUUCCUCUUACAGAAGAAGCAGGAGUUCAGAAAUCCUUUGUAUAGAGGGUUUACAGCUUACAAAGAGCUGCAACCAAACACACUACCUUUCAGUUUCCAGUUUUGGUGUGGGAUGUAUAAUCGUUUUGACAAAGGAAUGCAUCCAAAACAGUGUGUGUUGGAUCAUCUCCUAAGCUGCAUGAGCCAAAAGACGAAACUAGAGGACAACGCAUCUGAAUUGGAAAACAAGCUUCCUUUCCUUGAUGGUCCUUUAACCACUGAAGCUUGUUCCUUAUCUAAAAUGGGAAGUGGUUCUUCAAAAACGCCCAUGCUCAACACUCCCCAGGAUUAUGAAGGGGAGCCAGCUCCUGUGUUGACUAAUGGUUCCAUGGUGUGGGAUAUAAAUGUUAUGUCAGAUGUGGACCAAAAGAACAAAGAGAACCUGUCUAAGCACCAGGACCUCCGCGAUCUUAAAGACACUGUUGGUGUUUUAGACUCUGAAGCUAAGGAUGCCUCAGCAGCAUUGAUCAGCUCUGAAAACUGAGUUAAAUGAACCCUGCGCUUGUGGUGGUAAGGCAUAAGAGAUCUGUGCCCCAGUGAGAGGUGUAGCACACGUACCCAUUUACAGCUAAGUGUUAGUAUGUAUGUUUGCAGGGGCUAUUGUUCCGCUGCAGAGAACAUGUUCUGCAUUUGGUUUGUUUUGCGUUACUGCAGUUGUGAUGAUGAUGCAUACAGAGCUACCAAGAAGGCUGUCUUGACUUAGAGUGUAAACCUCAAUUUCCAGCUGAAACGUGGUAUGUGUUUAAGGUUUAUAAUAACUGCUGCCAGUACAGGUGUUUCAAGCAAAAAGGCACCUUGGCCAAUUAACGUGGAUGGAGGGUUAGGAGUUUGACAGUGUUUAUAACUUGAGUAGGAAAAAUGCAAUCCAUUUAUUGAAAGGUUGCAGAUGCCAUUUCAGUUCAUCUUGAAAUGAUAAAAAGUCUUUUCUUAGCUGGGAAUGAAUCUCUGCAUGGACCCUCACCUUGUGGCAGAACAGAUUCAUUUUUUGUUUCCUAUGCAUAUUUGUUAAAAAACAAAACCAAAACCCCCUGUGCCUUUUCAUGGAGACCAUCGUAAUGUCUAGCCAUGCAAUGUAGUAUUUUUAUUGUAGUGUGUAGUGUAGUACUUGGUCUUCUCUGUAGUCAGUAUUUUUAAACUGGGUUUUGUAUCUGCUGCCAACUUCCCCAGGCUGGUCCCCUGAGUUUAAUAGCUUGUUUCUAAGCCGACCUUUCAGAGAAUAAGCUUUUAUGGACUUUACUUACUGAUCUUGGGAGUGCAGCAAGCCACAAGGCAGCCUGUAGCACAUCUAUUUCUGAUAGAGGGAGGAUUAGAAAUGAGAAAGUAUAGGAGGACUAUUCAGAUUUAUAUGGAAUUUUUUGCUCUUGUUUUAUGAUCUUGGCUAAAUAAAACAAGGAUGAUUUUUUUGUUCUAAGCUGGAAUUAACGUGCUUUUCUCAGAUCCAUCAAUGAGGCAAUAAUUAUAGAUGAGAUGUGUUCUGCUACUGAAAUGUAGGCUAGAAGGAUUACUUCACAUCACAUCAGGAGUGAUAGUAGCGAAUGUUAUCUUGGAUGUCAAAACUACGUGAAACCUUGCAGAUGUUUUGUCUGUACUAUCAAGACGUGUGGAAAUGAACAAUAUUGCUCAUGGCAGUGAACUUCAAUUUUGUGAAACGGGUGACAAAAGCUAAAUCUGCGUGUGGCCCGUUGCUGGAACAAAGAAAUGGAUAUCUUGGCUUAUGGAUCUGGCUCCAUCUUGGACUCACCUCAGUGCGUAUUAUGCUACUUGGCUUCUUUAAAGUGUGGUAAUCUCAGCUGGAGAUACUGGUUAAAACUGCUAAGUGUAAAAAGGAGAAGUACAUUCCACUUAUGCACAAGUCUUCUGCAGAAACAAGGGCUUGUCUCCCCAGGGAGGUGGAUGGCCCGGAAGAGCUGUACCCAAGUACCUGUUCUGGACAAGUUUCUCCUGGAGGUGUGUUUAAUUGCACCCAGAGUCCCUUUGCGCAGUCUGAUUCAAUAUGCUUUUCAGCUUUCUUUAGAUCAUGUUGUUUAUAUUAGAUGUUGCCAUCUGGUCUUCAGACCAGUUUUUCAGUUUAUAAAGUUGUGAAUCAAACUGAAAAUAUUCUUUAAGUUAAACAUCCCCUCCCCACACACACCCCUUCCUACAGUGGAAUGUUUCCACUUUUUAUUAUUGUAAUGUAUAGCCAUUGUGCAUAUGCUUAUAAUCUAAUGUGAAACGACCAGAUUAGUUUCAGUGUUCAAGAUGAACAAAGUAGAAAAAAAAAAUCAUCCAAGUGUCUCACCGUAGGUGAGAAGAUAUCUUUUAUUAAGCAUAUGGAAAGACCCAAUUAAAAAGGGCAAUGCCAGAGAACGUGCAGUUUCUUCAGGGCCUAGAACAGCUGUGAGAAACAAACAUUUUUAGUGUUGCAGGUUUUAAAAAUCUUAACGCAAGUAACAUUUAAGUCAGCUUAAAGAAUAGUUCUUUCCAUGGUAUGAGAGACCUGCAGUGAGCAAUUGCUUUAAAAACUAAGCCCAUAAGAUACUGAACCAGAUAUGCUUAAGGAGAAGAUAUUCAGGCUUUUUUGUGUGGGUAUGUAUCAAAAAUACUGUAUCAUGCAAACAGCUGUGUGUUUUAUUUUGAAGAGCGCCCCAAGGGGAUUGCACCCUAAGUCUUAAUCACACUGUACCAGAUACAGAGUUCAAAAUCCUGCUGUAGUUUUCCACUGAAAAGUGUUGGGCAGACUCUUGCCCUUCGCCGCUUCGUAGCGUAAAAGCUCAGUUUCAUGUAUACAUGUUUGGCUGUUUUGAGCCCUUUCCAAAUGGACUGGUAGAUUAACCCUGUCUUUCCUUUCUAGGUAGUAGAAGAGGUGUAGUGGAUUGUAUGGAUGGCUUCUUAAAUAGAGGACUCUUAAAUGCUACAUGAAACCAAUAUAGGCACUUUUUAGGACCAGUUAUUUUAAAAGUCAUCAUUCUCUCAUGUGAUUUCUAAUGAGAAUUAGAAAUACUGCAUUAUAGACGAUUUUGACUGACUACUGAAGGAUUUAGGCAUACUGUUUGUUAAUCUUUGUAUAAGAAUAUUUUGCAAAAUGUUUCUAUAAAUGUUUACACACUGCCUUGUCUUUUGAAUUACCAUAGAAAUUGAAUUACCUUGGAAAAAGUGCAGUGAUCUUUGCUUAUUCCUAAAAGAACGUGACACUGACAUCUCCUUAAAUCUUUUAUUCUCAACUACAAUAUUACUCUCUGUGCAUACAGCCCUCAAAAGAUUACUUUAUACACUGAAAAUAUUUAUGAGCUUUUAGUAAUCUUGCUGCUUUUGACUUCAGUAACAAAACAAUGCAUGACUUUAUACUUUGAAAUGUAAAACCUAGCCAAAAAAAAGGGUAAUGAUCUCUCGUCUCAAACCUCUUGGAUAUAAUAUAUACAAACUUAGUCAAAGUCUACGACGUAUUUAAAGUCAUUCAUGCUGGUGCUGUAGAUUUAGGCAGCUGGAAAAGAUUCCAGGGUUUUCUGGAAUUCCGUGAGAUUAUUUGUUUGAAAACCAAUUAGCUAGGAGCUUUUUUAGUUUGGAAGAUGAUUUUUGUGUGUUUUGAGACCAAAACCAAAAAGCUGUUUAAAGCACUGCAGCGCGUCCUCAGGUCCCUGAUCGGCUAGGACGGGCUUCCUACUGCGGCUCCUGCAGAAAGCGUCUGUUCAGUCCCUUAGGGAGCUCCUGCCUGCCGAUAGUGGUGAGUUGGCUUGGUUAUAUCCUCCCUAAAAAGUAUUCGAGGAAGUCCAAACCUGUUACGUAGGUAUUGUUUCCUGUAAGCGCUGUAUGGGAGAAAAGUUACUAUAUUUAUUUCUCGUUGAACGUCCCUGCGUUGCUAAGGCACGAGUGCUCUUUUGCUUGGCGCUGUAAACCGAACAACGCAACUUGCUGCUUUCCAUCCGGAUUCCUGUAGCUGGGGAAGCGGAGAGGGACGAGGGAUCCCGUUUGCUGUGGGUGGGUUAUGCGAAACUCCGCUAUUCCUGCAGGAUCUCUUGCUUUGAACGGGGUACUCCGGUGGCUUGAUGCCUGGCUGUUGUCCCUCUCGCUCGCUGCGAGUAGGUACAGCGUUGCAAUGGGAAGUGCCUGAGAUAGUCUGCGUUGAAGCUACUACUCUGGAGUAGAAGAGGGACUUGCGUAGCUUUAUUUCUCAGUAAAAUGUCUUAAUGUGAAUUUCAUAUGCUGGAUUCUUAACUUUUAUUUUCUUGUCAGUGAUAGACAAAAUCAAACCAGUGCUUUACAGGGAAAAAAGGGAAUAUUCAGUUUGCCUGUAGAUGCCGUAGUUCUCAGCUUUCCUUUAUGGUAGAGAAAAAGGCUGUUUGUUAAAAGCAUAUGUAUGUACUAUACUCUUAGCUGCAUUCUGUCCCUGAUCUUAGUGAACGCCUUUUAUUUAAGCGCUUUGAAGACACGCUCUCCUGCUCUGUGGGUGCUUGCUGAUAGCUGAAGCCACCUUGGAUGGGGUGAAGAAAGAGAUUUGCUUGUAGGCAGCUGGUAAACUUGAGUUUGCUGGUGCCUGGGGGCCUGGCGAGGCUCACCAGGAGCUGAAGCGCUUUGCAGGAUCACUGCCUUGAGCGAGACCUGGCUGGGCUGCGGGCGGAAAUGUCCCGACUGGGAAAUGCCUGGUGUCUGCUCUUUCCACUGGGUUUAGCGAUCUUGGGCCCUAAUAGCCUCCCAGAAAGCACCCUUGCGUUUUGCACAAAUGAACCUAUAACACGUGCAGGAAAAGCAUUUAAAAGAGCUUUUGUGCCAGAUGCAGGUUCAGUUCACGUUCAGGCAAAUUUGGGUCUUUGGGUAGCUUUAGCGCCUGGCAGCUGUCCCUCCAAAGGAAGAAUUUCUUGGCACUAUUCAGUAAUGACUAUGCACGAGUGACCAGAAGAACUCAAAAUAUAUGUUUCCCUUUUUUCCCCUUCACCACCCCUUUGCACUGAGUGCUGGGAUCAUUUUUUGCAUGGACCGAAGGCAGUUAUUGGCAGCUGAGCGAUUCCUCAUUUACCUGCUGCCCCUAUUGCACACGGGCUCCUCCCGUGCCUGAAUUCUGCUGGGGAGCAAAAGUUUGUCCUGAAUGCGAUAGUUUGUUUUAACGAAUACACAGCACUUCAUUAAUCUAGAUGAGAAAUGUCUCAAGCCAGGUCUGUCCAGCACUACGAGCAGCCCGAGCAGCGCCAGCUAUAGUCAGCGUAGUUUGUUAGGGUAAGUAUUAAAACACACAAUGUUGCUUCCCUUGGGCAUCUUUGAACCACCAAAACAAUGCAGCGAAGAGGGUAGGUUAAAGUAGUUGACCUGUAUCUCUUUUACCAUUUGUCUGUGUGCGUAUGGCCCCGUGCGUGCAUCUGUAUUUAAUGUAGCAGCAUACUACUGGAAUAACGUGUAGCACUGGAUCUAGUCGUGUGUAACUGAACACAAAUACGUACCUUUCCUUAUCAUCCGCAAACUGAUCUUUGUAGGAGCUUACUUCAAAUUACGUGUAGUAUUCUGCUUAAAGUUUUAAAUGUUUUUGCUGUUUCUGUAAGUCGGUCGCUAUUUUUGUCCUUAGUGUACUUGUUGAGGGGCAGUUGUAUAAAAUUGUAUGUGAUUAAAUCCUGUACUCUCGAAUGUGCUGCCACGGCCGUUUAUGUAUAAUGCAUUUUAGUUAAUGCACUGCUUAAAAAACAAAAAUACCAUGUUUGAAGGAGCACUGUGCCCUUUUACUCUAAAUGUAUUUGUCUCAUGAAGUUUCGUUUGUAUGACAGUUUAUUUUUAUUUCCUACAAAAAUAAAUGCCUUGCCUUUUUAAAGGAAA